AUGGUUCUUCAAGAUCUAGGUCGUCGCAUUAGCGGCGCCUUGCACGAUGUUACUCGAGCGCCUAACCUAGAUGAAAAGGCCUUCAAGGCCAUGUUAAAUGAGAUAUCAGGCGCCCUUCUCGAAGCAGAUGUUAACGUGCGACUCGUAAGCAAAUUGAAAAACUCUAUAAGCACGACGGUCAACUUCAAAGAUCUUCCACCCGGCGUCAAUAAGAAACGAUUAAUCCAAAAAGCCGUCUUCGAUGAAUUGGUCAAGCUCGUCGAUCCCCACGCCGAACCAUUUAAACCCAAGAAGGGCAAGUCGAAUGUUGUUAUGUUCGUCGGUUUACAGGGUGCCGGAAAGACGACAACGUGUACAAAACUCGCGCGGCAUUACCAAGCAAGAGGAUUCCGCGCAUGUCUUGUUUGUGCUGAUACCUUCCGAGCCGGUGCUUUCGAUCAACUCAAGCAAAAUGCGACGAAGGCGAAAAUCCCAUACUACGGUUCCCUAACCGAGACAGAUCCAGCGAAGGUCGCCAGGGAAGGCGUGGAAAAGUUUAAGAAAGAGCGGUUUGAGGUUAUUAUCGUGGAUACUUCUGGACGUCAUCGACAGGAAUCUGCGCUAUUUCAAGAGAUGGUGGAUAUUCAAGAAGCAGUUAAGCCCGACGAGACUAUUAUGGUUCUUGAUGCCUCCAUCGGUCAGCAAGCCGAAGCACAAGCUAAGGCGUUCAAAGAAGCUGCAGAUUUCGGAGCCAUCAUCAUCACCAAGACUGACGGUCAUGCAAGCGGAGGUGGCGCCAUUUCCGCCGUUGCAGCGACGCAUACCCCUAUCGUCUUCAUUGGUACUGGAGAACAUAUGUUGGAUCUAGAACGGUUCGCCCCACAACAAUUCGUCAACAAGUUAUUAGGGAUGGGUGAUAUGGCAGGUUUAGUAGAGCACGUUCAAUCUUUAAAAUUGGAUCAAAAAGAAACGAUAAAACAUAUAACCGAAGGCAUAUUUACGAUACGAGAUCUCCGAGACCAACUGAGCAAUAUUAUGAAGAUGGGUCCUUUGUCUAAAAUGGCCGGUAUGAUUCCCGGUAUGUCGAAUCUACCUGGAAUGGCGGGUAUGGAUGAUGAGGAGUCAAGCGCUCGGUUAAAGCGCAUGAUAUAUAUCUGCGAUAGCAUGACCGAGAAGGAACUCGACAGCGAUGGAAAGAUAUUCAUCGAACAGCCAACCCGAAUGACGCGAGUAGCCCGUGGUAGUGGGGUUAGCGUCCGAGAAGUUGAAGACUUACUCACACAACAACGAAUGAUGGCAGGAAUGGCUAAGAAAAUGGGUGGCAGCAUGAAGAACAUGCAGCGAGCUCAACAAGCUAUGGGAGGAGGAAACAAGGCCCAACAAUUAGCUGCCAUGCAAAAACGACUCCAAAGUAUGGGUGGUGCCGGAGGCGGUGGCAUGCCAGACAUGGCAAGCCUUGCGAGAAUGUUUGGUGGCGGCGGUGGUGGUAUGCCCGGCGGCAUGGACAUGCAGAAAAUGAUGGAAAGCAUGGGUAUGGGCGGCAUGAUGGGCGGUGGACGAGGCGGUAGGCGGUAA